AUGGCCGACGACUUCACCGCCCUGGCUCCCAAGCCAAUCAAGGUCAUGGCACAAACCACUGCCAACCAGGGUCCUGUUGUCCUGGUUAUAGACUUUCACCAUGCUAGAGGCCCUGAGAUCGAGUUAUGUUUUGGAGACGAUGGAACAAAUCCUGCGGCCGAGAACGACUGGUCGCUAUUGCCGUUCAUGGCGUUGUCGGACGGGGCGCAUGCGUAUGACAACCCCAUAUACCAUUCAACAUUCAAUUCGGAUUUGGCUGGCCCCUUCCUUGCUCAAAACUCUAUGGUACGGCUUCUGACUGUUAAGCUGGUCUGUAGAUCCACCGAAGACUUUUCGUACUUUACACUCCGGCGUGACGCAACUCCCUCGCAACCGGCGACUUCGCUCUUCGGGAUCUCUUGCACGAGGCAGAUCGAUGCCAGUACGUUGAUUAAUCGCCCCCCUGAUGUGACGAGGUCGACGGUUCAAAAGGCGGUCGUCGUCGUUACCGAUAGCCCUGAACAUUUUGGGCCUCUGAGGGAGAAGUUGUCGAUGGUGACAUCGGCAUGGUUUGCGCAGCGGGAUUUCUCGGACACUGACAUCCUAAAGAAAUUCCGGGAGAGCCUGUUAGUCAGUCUGAGGAAUGAAGAGGCACGGAAAGAUCAAUACCUCGGUGAGUUUCGCUGGGAAAUCUUGCAGAGUAAUCUUCAAGAUUGUGCCGACCCAGCCUUUGACAGCUACGCCCAGAAUGCCGAGAAACCAAGUUCUCUAAAGACAAGUGAAAGGAGCUCUUAUCACGGAACUAAGUCGUACGUUGUGGGAUCGACGAAUUCGCUGCUUUUACAGCAGAAGGACCGCUACAGCGAUAUCCUUAUUAAUCUGGACGAGGGAACCAUCAAUAUAACCUCUCCCUCCUUACGGAGCGCAUUGUCUCUCACCCCGGCAGAUAGGCGGUGGAUCGAUUUUCUGACACAGGCGGUCAAUGAUACGUGGGAUGACGCGCACCCGCGGCAACCCAAAACUCAUGGCUACAUGGGCUCUGAGGAGUUUAUCAGGCUUCAAUUCGAGGAAUACCUGCUUGCACUGUUAUCCUGCAUGAAUUAUCAUGACCAUCUAGAAUCCACGUCGGGGACAAACGCCGAAGCCGGCUCCAAGAUCAAAGCGCAAACGUUCGAUAUUGAGGGUGACCCGGCGUUGGAUUUCAACUCCGAAUUUCUAGCACGGUGGCAAAAGACGGCGAACUAUGCUCUCUUCAAGCGCUUGACGUCGGAUGCACUCCUCUUCUCCAUCGUAGAGCCCCGGCAUCCCUGUGCUGGAGGACUCACGAUCGAGGACAUCCAGCGACGACUGACGCAACAGGUUGCUGAGCUGCAUCUUGACGAGCGCGUGCGAGAGGGUCGCGAGGCGCUGAACAAGCAUCUUGCAAGCGGUCAAAAGAAGAUGAGCUCGGUGUUCAGUAGCUUCUGGGCAGAUAUUGAAGCCAUGCGGAAAAAGAACGAAGAGAAGGCACAGCAAGCAGCAGAGCGACAAUCCGAGGACAAGGAGUCUGUUACCUCACCGCCUCAUUCUCCACGGAGCUCAAUAUCAGUGAACUCCUGGUUUGGAGGUCGCAAGGCACCUUCUGUGGAUCUGUCCCAAGCGCAGGCUUCCGUCAGCGCAGCUAGUCAGAAAGCGGGUGCAUACUUCAGCUCCUGGAGCGCAUGGGCCAGUGAGCGACGCAAGGAAUGGCAAGAGCGGAGAAAUGCAUCAAGUUCUCCGACGACCACAUCACCACCGCGGUCGUCCCUCACAUCAUCUUCGACGACAACGCUUGCCAACACAGAGAAAGCUGAGUCAGAUCGGGGGCGAACACAAUCGCCACAUCGGAGGAGCGAAGAUUUAUCUGGCCUUGCGAGAAGUGGAAGUCGAAGGAAGCGGUGGAGUGCCAUUCUCCGGAAGAAAGAUCGGAGCGAUUCCUUAUCUCCGCACCGAAAGGAAGAAGGCGGCCUGGAACCUGCGACGAAUGAUGCUCCUCUACCAAAGUCGCCGCUGUCAAAGACCGUUCCGCCGUGGGAAACUAAUACACAAAACGCUUCUGACGAGCCGUCUUCGGGGUCGCAGGAGACGAAACACGGCAAGAGCGAAAGCUCGGAAGCUAUCGUAUCCAGCUCCAGUGUUUCAGAACCCGCACCCAAGGAAAACUCGGAGGUUGCCAAGGUCGAGGAUGAUCAGGCUGAAGCGCCCGAAGCAAAGAGUACCGAAGUUGUCGCACCGUCUGAAUCUCAAAGCACCUCUGACUCGAAGUCAUGA